GUCCACUGAUGGCUGAUUUAGAAGGAAUAAAGUCUUUUUUGUACGCGUGGCUCCAGAAAAACCAAAAGAAAACCCCCGAAUAUACGUUUCUUCAGCGCUCGUUGCGUGUCGACGGUGUAGAUUAUGUUGGCGUUGGAAACUCUGCUAAUAAAAAAGAUGCUCAAACAAACGCGGCACGGGACUUUGCCAAUUAUUUAGUUCGUCAAAAGUUGCUAGACGAGGGCCAGCUUCCAUGCGUUCUGCCAAGCGAAUACAGUGGAGGAAGUGAAGUCAAGGUGUCCCCUUACACCUCAGUGCCAGAUGUUCAUCUGCCUCCACAAUCGAUGCCAUUACUCGGCACGAAACGACCGUUCGAACCGCGAGCAAUGGGACCCGGCGACAAUUAUAUAAACAGAAUAUUCGAUCAAAAGAAGCUGGAAGAGGCAGAAGAGGUUGACUUCACAGCUGACAUUCACGGUGGAUGGUCUUUGGAGAACGCUAAAGCCCGCUUAAAUGAAUAUUUACAAGCCACUAAGCAACAGAUCGGACUGGUUAAGUACACAGCAGUGGGUCCUGAUCAUAACAGGAGCUUCUUGGCUGAAUCGACUGUCUUCGCGAAACGCCUUAAUAAACAGUUAUACGCUCGGGAGACUGGCUCCAACAAGGUAAUGGCCUCUCGCGCUUGUUGUCUGUCCCUCGUGCGCCAACUGUACCAUGCCGGGGAAAUCGAGGCCUACACUGGCGAAAGUAAAAAACGGAAGUCGGAUGAGCCUCCCACGACUGAUCCGAGUUCGUCGGAGGAGCACAACAUGAUUGUGCAUUACAAACUUGCCGAUUUUGAGCCCCAGGAGAGACAGUCCGCCCAAAAUUACCUGGAGGAGCAUAAUCAAUGCAUCGCUAGCCCAGAGUACUCUACACUUCUGGCGGAACGCUCUGCCUUGCCUGUCCAUAACUUCAAGGCGAAGAUUUUGGAAACAAUACAGAACAAUCAAGUUACCCUUAUUAAGGGAGAAACUGGCUGUGGAAAAACCACACAGGUACCACAAUUCAUUCUCGAUUCAUUCAUCGAGUCUGGUAACGGUGCCAAUUGUGCUGUUCUUGUUACGCAACCCCGACGCAUAUGUGCCAUCAGCCUGGCCGAGCGAAUGGCUGUUGAACGUUGCGAAUCUAUCGGCACUUCUGUUGGCUAUUCGGUCCGUUUUGAAACGGUCCUGCCGCGGCCCUUCGGGUCGGUGCUCUUUUGCACUGUGGGCACAAUGUGCAGAAAGAUGGAAGGCGGGCUCCGCGGCAUUUCGCACAUUGUCAUAGAUGAGAUCCAUGAGCGGGACGUCAACACUGACUUCAUGCUCAUUCUGAUCCGAGAUAUGAUUCAAGCGAACAGAGACCUACGUGUUGUGCUCAUGUCAGCGACGAUCGACACUACCACCUUCACAGACUAUUUCGGUGAUUGUGCCCUCGUUGAGCUAGAGGGCAGAACUCAUCCAGUUACAUACUACUUCCUCGAAGAUUGUGUCAAUAUGAUCAAAUACGUUCCACCGCCCAUGGACGAACGAAAGAAAAAGAAGCGGAAGAUGGAAGAUGAGGCGGGAGCGGAUGCGGAGGAGAACUGUAAUCUGAUCUGUCCCCCAGAAUAUCCUCCGCUGGUUGCUCGUUCUCUCAGGGAGAUGCCAGAGAAAGAGAUACCCUUCACUUUGAUCGCCGGUUUGCUUGAUCACAUUUGUGCGAUGAAUGUCGAAGGCGCAGUUUUGAUCUUCCUACCUGGUUGGAACAUUGUUCUUUCGACAAACAUCGCAGAGUCCUCCAUAACCAUCAAUGAUGUCGUAUUUGUCAUCGACUCAUGCCUGGCAAGAAUCAAGAUGUUUACUGCUCGUAACAACUUGACCAGUUACUCUACCGUCUGGGCCAGCAAAACAAAUCUGGAGCAGCGGCCGCAUGCAACACCUGAGAUUCUUCGCACUCCAUUGCAUGAACUUGCACUGAUGAUUAAACUAAUUCGGCUUGGCGACGUAUCUGCUUUCCUAAAGAAGGCCAUCCAACCGCCGCCUCUGGAUGCUGUUAUUGAAGCUGAGUACACGUUGCGGGGUGAGUGCAGUCUUACACUUCAUCAUUCUUCAUUCGCACAUUAA